AUAGAAUUGUAGAAAAGAUGUUUACAUAGUAUGGAAAUUCUUUAAUAAAAUAAAAUGGAAAUAGGAGGUAGCUUGGUUUGGGGAUUAUAAUCUACACUUAUAAAAUAAUUUGUCCCGAUUUGCUGACUGUAGACUGACUGACCGAUUAAUCAUCGCCGUUUUUAUACUUUGAAAUUUAGGCUCGAGUUUUGCAUUUCCUUAAAUUAACGCGGGCUUAACCCAGAGGGCACUGCUCGUUAUGAAUAAAGUUAAAAAUGUCUACGUAUAUAAUAUUACAGACUUUGAGUGCGCGGGCGACGAGGUGCUCGUGGAGUCGUCCCCGCCCGCAUCACCCGACAUGGCGGCGAGACUGGCGGCGCCUUCGCAGGGCGCAGGCACGGGAGGCGCCUCGCCCAGCGACGUACGAGAACUAAUCGUCAUUCCGGACUCCAUACACUUGCAGCACGCCAUACAACAGGUAUCAAGCACAGUGGUGGAAGUGAACGGCGAUAGUUCCGGACACUCCAGUCCGACUACAGAAGCCCAACACACAUACAUUGUUACCACGCGCGGUCGCGACGCUCGCGGAGUUGCCCGGGAGACGUCCGGCGGCAUGGAGGUGCCUCGCUACCGCUCGUAUUACCCUUGCGAGUUCCAGAUGCUGCAGCCGAUUCAGUUCAACAUCGAACGCGAAGGUGGUAAUGGUGUCAACUACCACGUGCAGUAUGUGGAGCCGCAGGAGAUAUACACCACUCAGACAGGACAUCAGACACACAUGGAGACGCUUCGCACGUACCCGGUGUACAACGUGACGAACGUGGGCGCGGUGGGCGAGGCGGCGGUCACGGCGGUCACGGCGGUCACGGCGGUCACGGCGCCGCCCGACGACUGGGCCGGCGAGUUCGCCUUCGCCGAGCAGCCCGCCUCGCCCGCGCCGCCCGCGCGCAUGCCGCCCGCCACCGUGCAGUGGCUGCUCGACCACUACGAGACCGCGGAGGGCGUGUCGCUGCCGCGCUCGACGCUGUACGCGCACUACCUGCGGCACUGCGCGGCGCACCGCCUGGAGCCCGUGAACGCGGCGUCGUUCGGCAAGCUCAUCCGCUCCGUGUUCGUGGGGCUGCGCACGCGGCGCCUGGGCACGCGCGGCAACUCCAAGUACCACUACUACGGCAUCCGCGCCAAGCCCAGCGCGCCGCGCGACGUCAACCCGCCGCCGCCGCACAAGCAGGACCUCGACGACGACGCACCACCGGAAGCGAGGGAACGUGAUAUCGAACAGAAUCCGGUGGGUGUGGGUGGGAUCGCACACCGUCAGUAUUUAGGCUCCGUGAGCGCGCCCGACCCUCCUGAGCUCACCAUUGACGAAUUGUCCGACGAUGUGUCGCCUGAUGCGUUACAGCAACUGCGAGAACAUCACAGACAGCACGGCGUGGAGUUCCUCGAGGCCGUGGCGGCGCUGGACACGGGCGCGGUGGAGCGCUGCCGGCGCGGCUUCUGGCGGCGCGUGGGGCGCGCGGGGCUGCGCCUGGCCGCGCGCCGCGACGUGUGCGCCUGGCUGCGGCGCGCCGAGCUGCGCCUGCACCAGCGCGCCGUCGACCUGCUGCUGCCGGACGUGCUGCGGCCCAUCCCCUCGCAGCUCACGCAGGCGAUCCGCAACUUCGCCAAGAGCCUGGAGAGCGCGCUGGCGGCGGGCGCGAGCGGCGCUCCGGCGCUGGCGGCGCGUGCGCAGGGCGCGGCGGCCGCGGCGCUGGCGGCCGCGCUGCGCCGCUACACCUCGCUCAACCACCUGGCGCAGGCGGCGCGCGCCGUGCUCAACAACCAGCACCAGGUCCAGCAGAUGUUGUCGGACUUGAACCGCGUCGACUUUCGCGUGGUUCGCGAGCAAGCGGCGUGGGCGUGUGCCUGCGGCAGUGCUGCCACUGCGCACCGCCUUGAGGCCGAUUUCAAGGCGCGGCUGGGGCGCGGCGCGCCGCUGGAGGCGUGGGCGUCGUGGCUGGACGGCUGCGUGCGCGCCGCGCUGGCGCCGCACGAGCGCCGCGCCGACUACACGCCGCGCGCGCGCCGCCUGCUGCUCGACUGGUCCUUCUACUCCUCGCUCGUCAUCCGCGAGCUCACGCUCAGGUCGGCGGCGUCGUUCGGCUCGUUCCACCUGAUCCGGCUGCUGUACGACGAGUACGUGAGCUUCCUCAUCGAGCGGCGCGUGGCCGAGCACCGCCGCGAGCCGCCCAUCGCGGUCAUGCAGCGCGCUAUGGACGACGACGACGAGCUCCCCGAGGAGCCGGCGCGCUCCGGCGAGGAGGAGGACGGCGAGCCGGAGUGGGAGUGGGAGGACGACGACGACGAGCCGCCCGACGCCAAGCGCGCGAAGGUGGACGAGUAGCGGUGGUUGUUUGAGUGUAAUAUACUCAUUAAGCAGUUGGAACUAAAGUGAAGUGUUUUUCACGCGAGCCUCAACAACGUAUGCGAGUCACUAAAACGACGUCAACACCAUAAACUCAUAUACUCAGCAAAGUUCACAUAAAAGGAUUUAAUGAAAAUUUACCAAAAAAAGGAAUGUGAUUUCAAGCAAUCGCAUUUCAAUAUCAAAUGUAAACACAUUUACGUUUAAUUAUAUAGAAAAACUUGAAAGUAUUUUUGCAUUUAUAUAGACAAAGAGUACCCUAAUAUCUAGUCAUAGACUCAUAAUAUCUUAAAAAGCUCAAUUCAUAUGUGAAUAAUAUAUUUAUCUUAUCUGUGUACGUAGUUACGAAUCUUGCAACUCUAAUAACAACUAAUAAAGAAAUUGAUAACAUUACUCUAAAAUAUAUUUGAUUGCAAAAUUGUAUCCUACUUAGAGUUGCAAGGUUGAAAAAAAUCAUUGGAUGUAUUUAUGAAUCGUAUUAACAUUGAUGUAUUUGCACUACUAUCGUCUAUUCGCAGUUGAAGUAAGUCUUUCAGAUAGGCUUUCUAAUUUACUACCAUUUUGUUGGUCAAGGGGCGUGGCUAAGGUCUGUGACAGCGAUCUGUCACUACUUUAACGCGAAUAGACUAUACGAUCCAUUUAUUAAAUGUAAUACCGUCUAAAAAUGACAUAGAAAUAUUAUAUACUUUAGGCAGUAAAUAAUAUAAAAUUAAAAUUAAAAAAAAAAAUAAGUAAAACAGGUGUCCAUGUAAAUACACGUAGACUAUUUCUGUACCACGCUACUUAGUAGAGUUUGUAGCAGAUUAAGCGUAUGAUUUUAAAUAUAAAUGUUAUUCACAAGUAAGUGGUAAUAAAUGUCUAUUAUUAUUGUCAUAA